ACUACCCAACUAUAUCAAACUACAACUUUUACUUGCUUGCCACAAAAUAUCAAUUGCCAACCCAACCAAUUAUAUCAUGGAAACAUGCUAAAACCACAACUCAAAAUCUAGUAUUUUAGUGGCCCGGCUCACAAGUCACAACUUUAGAAAACUCAGAAGUCAAAAGUAGUCACAACUAAAGAAAAUGGAAGCUAAAGAAGAAGCCACAAUUUCUCUUCUUAACCACAACCACAACAAACAUGAUAAUAAUGAAGAGAUUAUAUCUAAGGAAAACAACAUCAUUAUUCCACAAGAUUCCUUAAAUUUAGCAUACAUCAUCUACUUCAUACUAGGAACAGGUUUUCUACUUCCAUGGAAUGCUUUCAUCACAGCCGUUGAUUACUUCCACUACCUUUAUCCUGAUCAAAGUAUUAAUCGAAUCUUCUCCGUUGUUUACUAUUCAUUCUCCCUUGUUUUUCUCCUCAUUAUCUUCUACUUUCGCAAGUUCAAUGCUUAUGUUCGUAUCAACUUGGGCUUGGGCCUCUUCUUGCUGGCCCUUCUUGUGGUGCCUCUUAUUGAUUUGUUUUACAUUAAGGGCCGAAGUGGGCUUAAUUAUGGGCUUUAUGUUACUGUUGGGGCUGUGGGCCUGUCCGGUGUAGCUAAUGCGCUUGUUGAGGGUGGUGUUAUGGGCUCUGCUGCUGAGUUGCCGGACCGUUACAUGCAGGCUGUUCUUUCUGGCACUUCUGCCUCAGGGGUUCUUGUUUCGUUUAUGAGAAUCUUUACCAAAGCAGUGUAUCCACAAGAUAUCCAUGGUUUAAGGGAUAGUGCAAUCCUAUACUUCAUCGUCGCAAUUUUAUUUGUUGUCAUUUGCAUUUUCUUGUAUAAUGUGGUAAGUCACCUUCCUAUAAUCAAGCACUACAACAAGCUUCGAACACAGGUCGUAAGCCAGAAUAAACGCGAUCAGAAUGAUUGUUCUUUAUCUACUGGUUCCAUUUGGGAGAUUAUGCAAAAAAUUAAAUGGUAUGGUUUUGGUGUCAGCCUCAUAUAUAUUGUGACUUUAUCAAUCUUUCCUGGCUCAGUGACUGAAGAUGUACAUUCUAUUAUUCUUGGAGAUUGGUAUGCAAUUCUCCUAAUAACUUGCUUCAAUGUGUUCGAUUUUGUUGGCAAGUCUUUGACUGCUGUGUAUCUUCUAGACAAUGCAAACAUUGCCUUGGGUGCAUGUUUUGCUAGAUUGUUGUUCUACCCUUUGUACUUGGGAUGCUUGGAUGGUCCUGAAUUUUUUCGAACCGAGAUUCCUGUGAUAAGCUUGACAUGUUUGUUGGGGCUUACAACUGGGUACUUUGCUAGUGUUGUGAUGAUUUUAGCUCCGAAAAGGGUCCAACUUCAACAUGCGGAAACAACUGGGAUAUUGAUUGCGGUGUUCUUGAUUCUUGGCUUGGCUAUUGGUUCGAUUUUGUCUUGGUUUUGGCUCAUUUGAUCCAAGGAUAUCAACCUGAAACUUUUUGUGUAAGAAGGUAAAAGGGCAGAUAAUGUAGACGAGAUUACAUGCAGGAGAGUUGAAGUAUCAUCCAAGGAGUUAUUGGUUCAAAAGGAGCAAAGUAACUAUUCAUCCACUUUAUAUCUUUUAGCAAGACGGUCUUGGUUAUUUACGGGGCCCUAUUCUAUAAUGGAAUUUGGGCACAUUUUUUUCCCCUUAAUGAUAGAAAAAGACUAUAAUUUUUCAUAGAGAGUAAUGAGAAUCAAUACUAAUUGAUCGAUUGAUUUAUUAUUGAUAAUUAUAAAAAAGUAUUAAUGACAAUACCAAAGUUAAAAAUAUAAAAGAUUGAUUUUUUGAUGAAAGAGAUUGAGCAAGAUGAUAUGGGAUAACGUGAAUUAUGGAGUCCGGAGACGAAGAUGUGGAGCGUUUGCGGUUUAUACAAAGCAUUAUAUUUUUCAAAUUGAGCCCUUUCAAAUAAACUAAAAUAUUUUAAACCAGAAACCCUGUAUGAAGGAGCUCUUUGCACAUCCAUAACUACGACCCCUGUCUUUUAAGACACCUUAAGGCUAUGUAAAGGAAAAAAGAUUUCAGUCCACUAUGUAAAAAGUUGGACUCGGCCCUCGGGCAACUAGUGCGCUGACUGGUGAGUGUGCUGUGUGGCCAACUUUCUAGUUUCUACCUUGUCCAUUAUUUUCGCACAAACACUAGUGGAGAAUAUAGUUACUUUUUUAGUAGAGAAUAUAGUUUAAGGGGGAGAACAAUAAUCUUCCUCACAACAUUUUACUUUCUCUCCCUGAUAAUGCGUGCGAUAACGUGUGAUAACAAAUGAAGUAGAAAAUAAAAUUAAUUGGGUAGAAAAACUGUUUUUACAUUUUAUUUUCUCAAAAAACUGAUAUUUUAAAUGUCCUACUUUCCCCCCCUUUUUUCUUUCAAAUGAAACGGUAAGUUAUCCUCUAUUUUUUUUUCUUUUUUUUCUUUUUUUAUUUUUUGGUGUCCCCCAUGUGUUGCCUUAUAUAAUAGAGAUUCUUCCUGUAAUUUAAUUUUAGGUUUUUUGUUAGUUUCUUAUUUUCAAUUCUUUAUACUUAUAUUAAAGGUAGGGUCGUCUCAUAAAAGAAAAGUUCAAGAUUACAAUUUAAAAGAAAAAACGACGGGAUAUAGCAUAUAAAAAGCUAAAACACAGUCACACAGAGGAAUAUAUCUUAUAGAAAUGCCGAAGAAGUCUUUAUGGAUAAGAUGCACACAAACUAGUAUUAGGUCACAUUGGUAGCAGCAUGGCUGUACAACAAGCUGACUGAUGCAUUUACAACAAUGGGAGCUACUACUACAGCCAAUCACCACACACUUUCCACCGUGUCAACCAACCUGUACAUGCAACACAUUCUCUCAAAUGCCAUAUCUGGGUUAUGAAAGAUAAAUUCUGAAGGUUUUUGAAUUACUGUAAUUAGUCUCGUCAUU